AAUGAUUCUUAAAAGAAUAGGCUUAUCUGCAUUGUUUGUUGCAUUAGCUGCUGCGCAACAGCAAAACAUUACAUACAAUGUUAUUACUUCGCCAGCUGCAAAUGAUAUGUCAGUUUUCGUCGUUGUUGAUAAUGUAACUUAUCCCCUCUCUACUAAUUCAUCUGAAAGUCUUUUGUAUUCAGGUAAAGCUCCUAUUGCAGCACAUGGAUAUUACUAUGCUAUUAUGGAUAAUACUACAAUGAAUGCAACUGAAGCUUUUAUACGUUCUCCUACUCAUGACAAUACUGUAAACGAAUUCUUUAAUCGUUCAUCUAACGUUUAUUCACUCACUACCUUGCCUCAACUUUAUGAGCCUUUGCAUGAGAUUGACAGACUUGAUUCACCUUUACAUAUUCUUAAUCAAAUACCUACUAUACACCUUUGGGGUAAUGAAAGUGCUAUUGACAACAUGCAUGAAAGACAGACUGAGGAUAUUACUAUUCGUUUAAAUAUGACUUAUUACAGCUUAAAUGACACUCAGACAUUUAAAGAUGUAAAAGUAUCUUUAGCUGGUCGUAGUUCCCGUUUUGCUCCUAAACUUUCAUACAGUUUGAAGAUGCCUAAAAAAGAUAAACAAAGCCUUUAUGGUUAUAAAAACCUUAAAUUGCGUGCUUCUGCUUAUGAUCCUUCUUAUAUUCGUGAAUGCAUUGCCUAUUCUACUUUGAAUGCUGUUGGUAUACCUGCUAGUGGCUACUCUUAUGUUCGUUUAUUUAUCAAUAAGAGACCUAUUGGUCUUUAUGGUUUAAUUGAAACUUUCCAAGAUCCUUGGCUUGCAAAUGAAUUUGAUCAUGGCAAUCCACAUUAUAAGCCUGGUGUUUUGUAUCAAGGCCAAGCACUUGCUAUGAAUGAGAGUAUACCUCUUUUUUCUGAUUUGAGCUAUUAUGAAAACAGAACAUGGUAUACUAUGGGUCAAUACAAAAUUAAGGCUGGUAUUCAGGGAGAUGAAACCUCAAAGGAUUAUAAAGAUUUACAAGAGUUUACAAAAUUCAUUGAUAGCGCAAAUAAAAGUACAACUACUAAAGAAUGGGAAAAGCAUAUAAAUACUGUAGGAUUUAUCAGAGCUAUGGCUAUUGAAAAUCUUCUUGGUUUCUCCGAUGCGUAUAUGACACUUGCAGAUAACUUUUAUGUUUAUAGCAACCCUAAGGAAGAUGGUAAAAUGACCUAUAUUCCUGCUGAUCUAGACACAACCAUCGGUAUAUCUCUUUUCGAUAAGAGAUUAAUGCUUAGUGGAAAUUAUAGUGAACAUCCUGGCUUCCAUAUCCGUCCUUUAACAAAAAAGCUCUUUGCUAAUGAUCAUCUACUAAACUCCUUGCAAUACACUAUGUAUAACUUAACUCGAUCCCUCAUUAAUCCCAAUGUCAUGUUUCCUUUUAUUGAUAGUGUUGUUAACAUGAUUCAUCCUGAUGUUGAAUGGGAUCAAUCCUUACCUCGUGUUGCUAAAGCCAUAAAAUUCCCUUUCUCUGUCCUCAAUUCUACUGACAGAAUGAAUACAACCAUGAAUUUCAUCCCCUCAGGAUUUACCUUUAACUUUACAAGUCUUUCUCAAACAUUCGAUCAGGCUAUUAAUGACUCUAUCGACUCUACUGUAUUGUCAAGUGUUAAGGGAUUUAUCUCUCAAAAGAGUUCUAAUAUUCUUGAAUUUUAUAAGAGCUACAGUUUUAUUAUAUAAAAAAAAAGCAUUUUGUACAUAUGAUAUAUUAUUAAAGAUACUUUACCUCUUUAGACUUUU